CGUCAGAUACCCAAUAUGCCUUUCGUGCAUACACGCCUGUACCACCAUGCUGUGGUUCAUGCUAUAUGACGGCAGGCACGAUCGACUUCUACUUCUGGCCUGAUCAAGCAACACCUACGGCGCCAGCUCCGGGUCAACCCAGUACCAGUGUCAACGCAGACGGCUUCACGUUCACAUCACCCAGCGUGUAUAUGGCUUUCAGCUCUCUCGCUGCAAGUGACAAAUGCGGACAAGUAGGCGAUAUUUGGACUAGCACCACAAUCGCUUUCGACCCCACAGAGAUCACCACUGCACAACCGAUCACUACCCUGACACAAUACGAAUCCGACUACGUUUCUGACGAUGGCUCGACUUACAGAAGUAUGGGUGAUGCAGUCACAACAGAGCCACCGCCGAAGUUGGUGAAUUACGAUGAAGUAGGACAGAACUGCUCUACAAUCCCUGGAUACGUCUACUGGCCUGACAACCCGAUCAAUGCGGCAAAUGCAUUGUACCACCCGGACCCUUGCCAUCCUGUCAUUCUCCUGCCGCCCAGACUCAUUAGCAUGCAACAACCUUGGGUCAACGCAAACUGUGGACCUUCACCGGGAAUGAGUGGAGCCUACGACCCGCCAAGGGUGUUGACACCAAUGCUUACUGGCACCGAACUCGCCACACCGACGCCGCACUGGGGAGGUCGUGUCAGUGGAGAUGGAGAUGCCAGUCCUGCGUCGAGUGCAGAGGCUGUUGCACCUAGCACUACCACAAGACCCGUCUCCACCGGCGUGACUGCCGAAUACGCCUCUGCAGAUCCUUCGUCUUCUGCAGCAGAAAGCGUUGCUACCGUGACUUUGACCGCAGAUGCUGUAACGACUGCUAUUGUGGUUUCUGGCAAGCAUGUCGGCACCGACUCUGUCACUGGUGUGGCAGCAGCUAUCCUCAGCGGUCUCGGUGGUACUGGCACUGGAUCUGGAUCUGAUUCAGAAGCUACAUCUCAGGCUGUGUCGCAAGCUGCAUCUGGACAUGCGUCUCAAGUUGGAGAAAGUCCUUCCAAGUGGAAUCCCACACAAGCUAUUGCUGCGACCGUUGUCACAGCUUCUUCUGCUAUUGCUCCGUCUAGCAGUGGGAGUGGCAAGAAGGUGUCGAGCAGCAGCAGUUCCAUCAGUAGAUCUCUUUCGUCUGCUGCAUCCGCCAACACUGCCUCGACUACAGCGGCAGCGGCUGCUACAUCCAGCGGUGCUGCCGCAUCUGGCACUAUCGCUGACUCGGCGAUCUGGUCACUUCUCGCACCACUUCUUCUCUUUUGGAUAUGAGAUUAAUGACCGAAGGUUGAUAUUAUCGCAUUCCGAUGUCCUCUGAUAUAUUGU